AUGAGUGAAGUUCAGAUUACUAUGCCCAUAAUUGAUGCCUUCAUGCUAGUGCCUCAAUACAGCAAGUUCCUCAAGGAUGCUGUAACUAAGAAGAAGAAGGAGAUGGAAGGCAUGGUGGUUCUUACUCAUGAGUGUAGUGCUAUUAUCCAAAGGCUAACCAUCCCUAAGAAGCUUGAAGAUCCAGGAAGCUUUACUUUACCUUGUGCCAUUGGGCAAUUUACUUUUGAGAGGUGUCUAUGCGAUUUGGGAGCAAGUGUGAGCCUUAUGCCUCUCUCCAUUGCUAAAAGGCUUGGCUUUACACAAUACAAGAAGUGUAGACUCUCUCUUGUGCUAGCUGAUCGCUCAGUGAAGAUUCCCAUUGAUUUUGUGGUGUUAGAGAUGGAUGAAGAACCAACAGAUCCUUUAAUAUUGGGGAGACCUUUCUUGGCUACAGCAGGAGCAGUUGUGAAUGUUAAGGAAGGGAAGAUUGAUCUUCACCUUGGAAAGGGAAACAUUCUUCACUUUGACAUCAAGGAGGUGAUGAAGAAGCCUAUUACUCAAAGCCAAGCAUUCUACAUUGAGGAGAUGGAGGUGUUAGCUGAUGAACUUCUAGAGGAGUUGGCACUUGAAGACUCUCUACAACAUGCCUUAACAAUUGAGAGAGAGGUCCAAAUGGUUGAGAACAAGGAAAGUGAUGCUUAUGUGAAGAUGCUGGACUCUCACAGAGAGAUUAGUGAUGAAGAACAGAAUGAGGAGAUUUCAUAUGAGGAUCACCAUGCUUCCCCAACUUCUCAACAAGAGAAUCUCCAAGAGGAUGAUUGGAGUGAACUCAAAGCACCAAAAGUGGAGCUUAAACCUCUUCCCCAUGGUGUAAGGUAUGCUUUCCUUGGCCCUAAUGAGACUUACCCUGUCAUAGUGAGUAGUGAGCUUAGUGAAGAUGAAUUGUCUAAACUUUUGAAUGAACUUAAAAAGAUACAUCUAGAAGAUGAAUCUAUGACUUCUAUAGAACAUCGAAGAAGGUUAAACCCCAACUUGAAGGAUGUUGUUAAGAAAUAG